AGUGUUGUAUUCCUGAACUUAAGGUAGUUUCACUUUCAGUUCUACCUGUCAGCUGCCAGGGAGGAGCGAGAGCUGGACUUCGCGAUUGUAGAAGAAAUCAAGCAGUUAAGACUUUAAAAGGGUUGCAUUUUUUUCCUCUAAAUAGGCUAAACUGACGCGCGUAACGCAUUGGGCUGUGAGCGCUUCCAACACUCGGGUGACCUACUCUCUACGCUGCAAGUGAACGCCUCCACACUGACGGAGCUGGCGCUGCUACUCUGCUGAGUCAAGGAGAGGGAAGUGUUUCUUUAAUGCGGACUGAACUGAAACAAUAACACGACCCGAAGAGGUGUAAACAUGGCCUCUGAAGUUACACCGAGUGUCAAUUUAGAAGUCGCAGAGAAACUGGCUCUGUCUCUGAGUGAAGCCCUCAGCAGCGGCGAAAGAGAGGAAGCCACCAGACUGUGCCAGGAGCUGUCAGAGCUCUCCAUCCCAGUGUCUGUCAGCAUUGACAGUCAGGCCUAUCCUCAGGAAUCCAUAAGGUUGAAGGUGGGAGUGGAGGAUGCUCAGUCAGAAGACUACGUCCUAGUGAUCGUUGUGGUUUCUACAAGCAUGACUAUUGCAGAACUUAAAGAGAAGGUCAGCCAAGACUUUGGGUUCCACCCAUUUCUGCAGCGUUGGGUGAUUGGGAAGCGGCUGGCGCGGGACAGGGACACGUUGUACAGUCACGGUAUUCGUAACGAUGGUGACCAGGCUUUCCUGUUUAUCCUCUCUGCCCAGGCUGCUCAUCUAACACGGCAUCAACACAACCUGGACCAGGAGCAACAACGCUUAGACAGCAUCAUGGACUCGAUGCAGCUUUUACCCAGAGGGCUGGGCGGAGGUGGCGGUGAGAAGGCAGCUCCUCCAGAGGCUCAGCAGACUCCUCCUCCUCUUCCUCCCAGAGUUCCGAAUCAAACUAAACCUGCUUUGCCUCCCAAACCUCAGUUGGGCUGGGCCUGUGUUUUGUGCACAUUUGUGAACAAGCCAACGCGUCCUGGCUGUGAGAUGUGUGGGACAGCACGGCCAGAGGAUUAUGAGGUCCCAGAUAUUUACAAGCCAGAUGAGGACGAGGUUCAACGAAUUCAGCAGGAAGAGCUGGCCAUGUUGCAGUACGAACAGGCUAAGCAGGAGGAGCGAGAGAGGAACUACCUGCACUUGUUGGCAACAGAUGAUCAGGACCUUAUCCUUAACACCUCAGAGACAGACUGUCCCAUCUGCUUCUCUCUCCUGCAGCCAGAAGAGGGCAUCGUGCUCAGAGAAUGUCUGCACACCUUCUGCAGGGACUGUCUGAAAGGGACAAUAUUGAACAGUCAGGAUGCUGAGGUGCCAUGUCCUGAAGAAUGUGACAGCAAGCUACUGGACCGAGAGAUCAAAUCGCUGCUCACAGAAGAGGAGCACCACCGGUUUCUGGAGUUGCGUCUGAGCAUCGCAGAAAGCCGCUCAGAGCACAGCUUCCAUUGUCAGACUCCCAACUGCCGAGGGUGGUGCAUCUACGAGGACGAAGUCGAUGAGUUUCAAUGUGAACUCUGCAAAGAAACCAACUGCAUUCUCUGCAGGGCCAUCCAUGAUGGUAUGAACUGUAAGGACUACCAGGAUGACCUUCGUAUCAGAGCAGAGAACGACCAGGCGGCCCAGCAAACAAAGCAGAUGUUAGAGAACAUGCUACAGAAUGGGGAGGCUAUGAAAUGUCCCAGGUGUGACAUUAUCGUCCAGAAGAAGGAUGGCUGUGAUUGGAUCUGCUGUUUGAUGUGCAAGACAGAAAUCUGCUGGGUGACCAAACAGGCUCGCUGGGGACCAAAUGGAAGCGGAGACAUAUCUAGUGGCUGUAGAUGCAGAGUCAAUAAUCAGCCUUGCCAUCCCAACUGCCAAAACUGCCACUGAGGCGAGCACCUUAAUGAACAUAUACACACAGCUGCAAGCACACACAGUCUGAAGCAAUCCAGAGUGCAGCUAAUGUCAGCUAUCUUAAUGACUUAUUUUGAGUAAUUUUGCUUACUUCUUACCUUGUCUUCAGUGAUAUAGUGGCAAGACAGUGAACAGCAGUUGUCUUGCCCCAUGGUGUGGUAACCGCAGGUGGAAAUGUUAUACACAAACUAAACAAACUACCAGCUAUAUCUUCUACAUCUCUGCAGCUCAGGAUACCGACUGUUAGUGCAAUACAAUACGCUUUGCUGAGAUCAUCUGCUAUUAAAAUACUUUGUUGUUGCGAUAAAUUAAUGCUCAAUGUACAUUCUGACCUCUGGCUACAGCUUUUAUCACAGUUCAAUUUAAGGAGCCAAUAAUGAUGUUUUUUUCUAGUUUGGUUUCUGAAAUAUAACUUUUAAGCUUUCUAAACAAAACUGCAAGAACAUUCUCAAAUGUUCAAAUAUAAAAAUCAACAACUAACAACUCCAUUAAUAAGAAAUGUCUUAUCCCGUGUGAAGAAUUCCUGAAUAAUCUAUUGAUUACUUCUACAACUGAUGAUUACUGGAGCUCAAAGUAAUGUCUUCCUUACUAAACUGAAUUGUUUCAAGUUGAAACCGGUGUAUGUUUGCCUUUAGAUAAGUGAAUAGUAAUUUGUAAUCUGAAUUAUAAGAAGUGGAUUUUCUUUCAGUCGACUAAGCAGACUGUGGUGAAGGAUAUUGUUUUAAGUGUUUACAUUGAAUGAAUGUGUUCAUAAUGCAGAACAAGCUGCUGUAAUGCACGUAAUAACUUUGAAGUAUCAGGUUUAAAAUAUGACAGGUGGGAUAAAUGAUGCUGUAUUACUAUAAUGUAUUGGGAAGUGUAUCUGUGGUUCCUAAGUGUUCAUAACUCGAGGAAUAUAAAAAAGUAAUGUACUUAUGUGUGUAUAAUAUAUUUUAUGUCUUAAAUGUG